AUGAAACGUGAUAAUCAAGGCAACCCGAUCCAAGUGACUCACCGAUGGAAUCGACCACCUCUAUCUUGUUUACAUUGUCGUGAAAAGAAGCGCCGGUGUGAUCGUGCUCAGCCAUGCUCGAACUGCGUGCUGCGAGAUAUUGCAUGCAACUACGCAGGGCAGAGCGCAGGGGCUCUAGGGCCACAAGAUGUUUCACAAGUCCCAGCUGGAGCGCAUCCUGAAAACCCAGCGGAAUUUGAUAAGCACAAUGUUGAGGAGCUUCUUCAGCGUAUUCGCCGGUUGGAAGAAGGAAUGACUGAAAAACAAGUCUUGCCUCCAAAGGCCGAUGUAGAACGUCAGGGGGCUUUUGGCUCUCACUAUGUUAUGCCAUUCAAUUCACAUCCCCCAUCCGACUCAAACCCCUAUGAGCACACUCAGUACCCAAGCCUCAUCGAUAUGACUCGCAAGCUUCCUCCACUACGACAAGCAAAACACCUGUUCGAUAAUUUUGCGAAAGUAUUGCAGCCGACUUUUGGCGUUCUUCAUAUUCCGUCUACUCGUAUCCUGAUGGAUCGCACAUAUCAGUGCUUUCUCGAGGGUGAAGAGCCACCGGCUGCAGACUUGAUGUUGCUUUUCGCCGUAUUUGCCGGGGCUGCGCUUGUUUGGACGCCUCAGCUCCUGGAGAAGCUGAACGCAACCCAAUGGGAGGCGAAAUCGGCUUUCAUGGCAUACGCUCGUCUUGCACUGGCUAUCUUGGAUCAUCCUCGUCAAAUACUAAAGCCGUCGACCACGGCUCUUGUUGCCAUUGGCACCAUGGCUCAUCUGCUCAUGAAUACUGAUGGUUUCCCGCUCAAGGUUCAUGUGCUUCGUCACCGGUGUCUUUUGAUGUCGAAAGACUUGGGAAUCCAUCGUUUGGAUACGGCGAAGUCUCGGGAAGAGCGCAGGCUUAAGGGCUGUGAUAUGAUUGAAGUCGAGGUUCAAAGACGUCUCUGGUGGUGCAUGGUAGCAUCUGACUGGCUGCUUUCGUUUUCCGGUGGGCCUCAAGAAGGGGCCUACACCUUUCAGCCAAAACACAUGAAGGUUGAUUUGCCGAGUAACACGGACGAUGAAUUCAUUACAAGUACCGAGGUUAAGCAAAAUCUGCCCUUGUCCGUGCCCACCAACAUUUCCGCGUUCUUCUUCAGAGUCAAGUCAUCAGAACUUUGCCGUGAAGUCAUUGAUGCAUUGCCGUCUAUUUUGCUGGAUUCACAAGAGCCAAAGUACGACAAUAUUCUCCAGCUGGACAAACGAUUUCAUGAUCUUGUCGACAGUGUUCCGACAUUCUUCAAACUGGACCAUGAUAGCAUCGAACAAAGUCGGGCCAUAUGCAAAGAGCGACCUCACAUUGCCUGGCAGCGGAUUGGCUUACAUUUCAGUAUCCACACCCGUCUCUGUCGACUUCAUCGGCCAUAUCACCUCGAAGGCGUGACGAACCCCAAGUACGCCUAUUCGCACUCGGUGUGUAUCCGCUCUGCCUAUAAAAUACUGGAGCUGCGACACGCGAUGGACGAGGUGGACUCCGAGGUCGGGCUGAAACCCGCACGAUUCUGGACAGUCAUGCACCAUGUGUUCUUCGCGGCUUUGAUUCUAGCGAUGGACGUCUCGUUCAACCCCCAAGCACCGGACGCCGAUGCUCGGAAAGCAAAGGUGCUUGCUGCCUAUGCGACUCUGGAGAAAUCCAAGCAAGAGUCAAUGAACCUGAUGGAAGGAAUCCAGAAAAAUUUACAGACAUUAAUGUCUACACUCCAUAAGCAGCGGUCGCAGACCGGCUCUGGUCCGGAUGUUUCACAUGAGGAGUUGCUAUCUAGUCAUACAGCAUCCGGGCUCGGCGUAUCACAGAUCGUUCAUGCAGGCGAAAAUUCAGGUUUCGUACAGCCCUCCUCGACCGUGACCGGGGACAGUGCUCUCGGCUUCGCGUUGAUCGAUGACAUUGGCGAAGAAAGCUGGGAGCAUCUCUGGUCUGAGUUUGUGGCUGUGGCCCCUGAUCUUGAAGCGCCACAGUGGAACGCACUACUCGACGACGUCGAUUUUACCUCUCAGCUCGAUGUAUACUAG